AUGUAUUCUGAAGAUGAAAUCAAUAAAGUAUAUCCAUACAGUUAUAACAUGUGGUCGGGAUUUAAUGAAGCUGUAAGUAAACGACUUGAAAUGGUUGAAUUCAAAAAACCAUUUGCAAAAAAUCCAGGAUAUGAACAUCCCAAUUCUAGAUAUUAUAGCACGUCAUUAAAUUCCAUGUUAAAAUCCAUUAAUUCAACAGUAACAGACAUUGAAGGAUCACUUAGUGAAGUUGUUUGA